AUGACAUCGCAGGAACAAGGAGCGUUUAAUAGCAAUCUCCCGACAUCGGGCCGAGAUCCACGACAUAUCCGAGAGGAUUGUGUAGAGGAAAACGGUGACGAGAGUAUCCCAUACGCUGAAUACUACGAGGGAGCUGACGAGUUCCCAGUGAAAUCCGCUUCGACAAAAGCUGACGAGAAAGCUUUAGUGCUUGUGCCAGAAGAGAAACCCCCGACCUAUUGUGAUUAUAGAAACAUGGCUGUUAUUCCAGGUCGUUGUGUUCGAGGUUUCCUCGACAUUUCCUCAUUUCUCAUUUGCCUCGUUUUGAUAGUGAUCCAAUUAGGACUUCUCGAUUACUAUUAUUUGACGAAUCUUGAGGAUAAAGUGUGGUAUGGAUGGUUUGCUGCCGAUGUCCUUGUCUUAUCGGUGAUGAUCUGGCUUCUCGUUUUGGCCAUCAAACACAAUCAAGAACAAAUGGAGGAAAUGGGAUCAAUAGAUAGCAAAGUGAAAUACGCGUGGAUCGGCUGGUUCGUCUACUCGUGCGUUCUCGUGGCGAAGAUCGCCGUCUGUUUCCGCCUUUUCCACCAUCAGUUACCCCCAACUGGAAUCGACAACCAUGACAAGCUCUUCGAUGACCACCUCUUCAAGCUCGGACUCUCGCUUUCUGUCUUGAUCUUCCUAUUCCUUCUCGAAUCCCAUCACUACACUCCAUUAAUGAGUCAACGCCAACUCUACAUCACUUAUCUCACCACUGCCGUCUGUUUAGACCUCACCGAUACGAUCUAUUUCUUGGACUUGCUUUGGCAAUCAUAUAAAGAUGCUUGGGAGCUUCAUCUCUGUCUCGAGAUCUCAAUUCUCGUUCUUGCUGGAGUCAACUUUGUCCUGCCCACAUUUGCCCUUUUCAAGCUUCGAUUCAGCCGCUUCCCGAGAACUUUAAUGAUCAGUGAAAAGAUUUGGGCUCUUCUCUACGUGCUGAUUGUGAACGGUCCAUUCUUGGGAAUGAGAAUCUACUUGUACGUCUUAUUGGAAGUGCAAGAUCAUGGGAAACGAUACGAUGCUAGUCUUUUCGCCGUCAAGAAUGUUGCCAUGAUUUAUUUGGCGAUUCGAGAGGUGUGGACCCGAUUACAAUAUUGGCGACAAAAGCGACGCGCUGUUGGAUCUCGUGGAGAGCUCACCGCUCAAGUAGGACACAAUGAGGAUGAUGCU